CCUGAAACCAACACGAGCAAACGUGAAGCGAGAGAGAGAGAGAGAGAGGGAGCGGGUGAGGGCGCCGGCGCGUGCGUGCGCGCGUGUACUACGUGCCACGCGCCAAGAUGGCCUCCACGGUGCCGGCCCUGAUCGCCGACGAGCUGCCGACGAACGUGACGGCGCAGAUCAGCAACGCGACGCGGCCCAAGGCCACCAGCACGGUGGUGUGCUACUCCCCGAUGAUGAUCACCACCAACGGCAUCUGGCAGGGCGUCAACCCGCUCGAGUUCUCCCUCCCGCUCUUCAUCCUCCAGGUCGUCGUCAUCGUCGUCACCACCCGCGUCCUCGUCCUCCUCCUCAAGCCCUUCCGCCAGCCCCGCGUCAUCGCUGAGAUCCUCGCUGGCGUGGUGCUCGGGCCGUCGGUGAUGGGGCAGGUGCCCGUGUGGGCGACAAUGGUGUUCCCGCAGCGCAGCCUGCUGACGCUGGAGACGGUGGCGCACCUCGGCCUUCUCUACUUCCUGUUCCUGGUUGGCCUGGAGAUGGACCUGGACGUGAUCCGACGGUCGGGGAAGAAGGCUCUGUCCGUCGCCCUGGCCGGCAUGGCGCUGCCGUUCUGCAUCGGCAUCGCCACGUCGUUCAUCUUCCGGCACCAGGUGUCCCGGAACGUGCACCAGACCUCCUUCCUGCUCUUCCUCGGCGUCGCGCUCUCCGUCACGGCGUUCCCGGUGCUCGCCCGCAUCCUCGCCGAGAUCAAGCUGCUCAACACGGAGCUCGGGCGGAUCGCCAUGUCGGCCGCCAUCGUCAACGACAUGUGCGCGUGGAUCCUGCUCGCGCUCGCCAUCGCCAUCACCGAGGUGAACAGCACGGCGCUGUCAUCCCUGUGGGUGCUCAUCUCCGGCGUGCUCUUCGUGCUCUUCUGCUUCUACGUCGUGCGCCCGGGCAUGUGGUGGCUCAUCCGCCGCAUCCCCGAGGGCGAGGGCGUCAGCGACAUGCAGGUCUCCCUCAUCCUCACCGGCGUCAUGCUCGCCGGCGUGUGCACCGACGCCAUCGGCAUCCACUCGGUCUUCGGCGCCUUCGUCUACGGGCUCGUCAUCCCGGGCGGGCCGCUCGGCGUGGCGCUCAUCGAGAAGCUCGAGGACUUCGUCACCGGGCUCCUCCUCCCGCUCUUCUUCGCCAUCAGUGGCCUUCGCACCAACAUCUCCAGGAUACGCGACCCCAUCACCGUCGGCCUGCUCAUCCUCGUGUUCGUCAUGGCCAGCUUUGCCAAGAUCAUGGGCACCAUCAUCAUCGCCGCGCUCUACACCAUGCCCUUCCGCGAGGGCAUCGCGCUCGGCUUCCUCAUGAACACCAGGGGACUCGUCGAGAUGAUCGUGCUCAACAUCGGACGUGACAAGGAGGUGCUGGACGACGAGUCGUUCGCGGUGAUGGUGCUGGUGUCGGUGGCGAUGACGACGCUGGUGACGCCGGUGGUGACCGGGGUGCACCGGCCGUCGCGGCGGCUGGUCGGGUACAAGCGGCGGAACCUGCAGCGCAUCAGGCACGACAGCGAGCUCCGCAUGCUGAUCUGCGUGCACACCACCCGCAACGUGCCGUCCGUGCUCUCGCUGCUGGAGCUCUCGAACCCGACCAAGCGCUCCCCGAUCUUCAUCUACGCGCUCCACCUCGUCGAGCUCACCGGCCGCGCCUCCAACAUGCUCGCCGCCGCCGCCGCGUCCGCCUCGAAGCAGAGCCGCAGCAGCUCAUCCUCCACCCUGCCGCCCGUCACGGAGCACAUCUUCAACGCCUUCGAGAACUACGAGAGACACACCGGGGGCGUGUCCAUCCAGACGCUCGCGGCGGUGUCGCCGUACCAGUCCAUGCACGACGACGUGUCCGUGCUGGCUGAGGACAAGCACGUCUCGCUCAUCGUCGUCCCCUUCCACAAGCAGCAGACGGUGGACGGCGGCAUGGAGCCGAUCAACCCGUCCAUCCGCGGCUUCAACGAGAGCCUCCUUUCCACCUCGCCGUGCUCCGUCUCCAUCCUCGUCGACCGCGGCCUCAGCGCCGCCACGGCGCGCAUGGCGGCCGAGCACCACGUGGCGCUCUUCUUCUUCGGCGGGCCCGACGACCGCGAGGCGCUCGCCUACGCGUGGAGGAUGGUCGAGCACCCUGGCGUCACCCUCACCGUCGUACGGUUCGUCCCGCCGGAGUACCGGGUGAGGUCCUUCUCCCACUCCAGCUACCGGUCGACCGCCUCCGACGCCGACAGCCGCUCGACCGGCACCUACAUGGAAGGCAAGACAGAGCUGCAGAUGGACGAGGACUACCUCGGCGAGUUCCGGUCGCGCAACCUCGGCAACGAGGCCAUCACGUACUCCGACCAGGUGGUGGCCAACAGCGAGGAGACGGUGGCCACCAUCCGGAGCAUGGACAACAGCCUCCACGAGCUGUACAUCGUCGGGAGGCGCCCCGGCGAGGCCGGGUCACCGAUGACGGCGGCGCUGGAGGACUGGAUGGAGUGUCCGGAGCUGGGCCCGAUCGGCGACAUGCUCGUGUCGUCGGACUUCUCGAUGGCGGUGUCCGUGCUGGUGAUACAACAGUACGUGGUGGCGCCGGCGCCCGCGGCUGCCGUCACCGCGCCCGCCGGGAACACCGAUCCGGUGCGCCAGUACGUGAGCAACGCCAACCAGCGGCCGUCUGCGGCGUACCGGACGGCGGCGGGGUCGUCGACGGCCAACAGCAGAUUGUCCGGUGGCACCGUAGGCUUCUGAAGUUCUGAUGAUCCUAGUUAAAGCUGUGUUAAUUUGCAGGUGUUAUCACUCCACCAUGGAUACAGAUGGCGGGAGUUCAAUUUGUUGUCUUACUAAUUAGCUUAUCAGUUUCAGAUUGAACAAAUUUCAGAACACACAAAAACAGUCAGAUUGUUCAAGGCUGUUUGCCUGUAGAUUUAUCCGAUGGUUGUCGCCUUGUCGAGACUAAUGUUUCCUGAAGACACACGACAUGUUCGUCAGUUCGUGUGUUUGCAUCAUAAUUUACACGGAAAACACAAGUUCCU